AGAGAGAGAGAGUAAUAAUGUUUUUCAAGAAGAGGCUUGGAUGAUCUCAUUCAUUCAUUCAUUCUGUGCUAAGAAAGGAAAGGAAACAUUGAUUUCUGUCCGUAAGCUUGCAGUAUGCCGCGCCUUACUUCGCGGUCGUCAAAAUUCUUACGUGCUUCCCUCUUUCUCGGCAACCCCUUGAGACCAUUUCCCUCAUUAUUCAUCUUCUCUCUCUUCUCUUCCUAUCGUAUCAAUCUUCCUCCUUCCAUAUCUUGGAACAAACAAGUUGCAGUUAGUGAGCUAUGGAUGACCGAAUCGACGAGGACGAGAAUGACAAGGACUUGGCGGGCUUGACCGCUCUUCCACCUCACCGAAAAGCCCAUUCCUACAGCCAACAGCUGCGAGGAGCCUCCACGCACAAACGACAUCAUCGAGUCCGAAAGCACAGUCUAGACGACAGCCGUAUAUCCAGCAAUAUUGAGUCUUCGUUUUACGACUCCGACUCCGACGACGACAUAUUUUCCCGUUCAUCCUCUACAAACCCCGGUGGUGGGGAGGAAGAGUACAAUGAAGGCAAUGACGCGACACAAUAUCAACCAUUGCAGGAAUUCAUAGGCGCCGGGGGAGGCCCUGGGAUCUUUAAGGCUCCUUUUAGAGCGUCUGUUCAUCCAGCGAGACCACCAUGCCUGGAGUUAAGACCCCAUCCCUUGAGGGAGACUCAGGUUGGAAAGUUCCUUAGGAACAUUGCUUGUACGGAAACACAGUUGUGGGCUGGUCAGGAGGGCGGGGUGAGAGUAUGGGAAAUUCAUAAUUCCUACGAACCCGGCAGCGGUCUGGGCGGAAAGGUCAGAAGGGGCGACGAAGAUGCUGCUCCCUUUUGUGAAUCAGCUGACACCUCUCCCACCUUGUGUUUGGCCGUUGACAAUGGUAAUAGGUUGGUGUGGAGUGGCCAUAAAGAUGGCAAGAUCCGGUCUUGGAAAAUGGAUCAACGCUUUGCUACCCCUUUCAAGGAAGGUCUUUCUUGGCAGGCACAUAGAGGUCCCGUUCUUUCCAUUGUCUUAAGUUCCUAUGGCGAUCUAUGGUCAGGUUCUGAAGGUGGUAUUCUUAAGAUCUGGCCAUGGGAAUCCGUCGAAAAAUCUCUCUCCCUCUCUCCCGAAGAAAGACACAUGGCAGCCUUGCUUGUUGAGAGGUCCUUCGUUGACCUCCGAAGCCAAGUCACCGUCAACGGCGUUUGCAGCAUAUCUUCUCAAGAUGUCAAGUGUUUGCUGUGUGACCAUGUCAGAGGUCGAAUCUGGUGCGCUGGCCCUCUCUCCUUCUCACUUUGGGAUGCCCGUACAAAGGAGCUUCUCAAAGUAUUCAACAUCGAAGGUCAGGUGGAAAAUCGAGUUGACAUGUCAUCCGUCCAGCAGCAGGAUCAAGCCAUUGAAGACGAAAUGAAGGUCAAGUUUGUUUCCUCCUCAAAGAAGGAGAAAUCCCAGGGUACUAGCUUUCUACAGCGCUCACGUAAUGCCAUAAUGGGAGCUGCUGAUGCCGUUCGUCGAGUUGCAACCAAGGGAGCUGGGGCAUUUGUCGACGAUACCAAAAGAACCGAAGCUCUUGUGCAAACAAGCGAUGGAAUGAUUUGGAGUGGAUGUACCAAUGGCUUACUUGUGCAAUGGGAUGGCACCGGGACCCGUGUGCAGGAUUUUAACCGCCAUCCUUGUGCUAUCCAAUGUUUCUGUACUUUUGGAACACGCUUAUAUGUUGGCUAUGUCAGUGGUAUUAUCCAAGUACUGGACCUCGAAGGCAAUCUCAUUGCAGCAUGGGUUGCUCAUAAUGGUCCCGUCAUCAAGUUGGCUGUUGGCUCUGAUUAUGUUUUUAGUUUGGCUACACAUGGUGGCCUGCGGGGCUGGAUUAUUGCAUCUCCAGGUCCUGUUGACAACAUGAUAAGAUCCGAGUUGGCCGCAAAAGAACUCAUUUAUACCCGGCGGCACAAUGUCAGAAUUUUGAUUGGCACAUGGAAUGUCGGUCAAGGUAGAGCUUCUCAGGAUUCACUCUCCUCAUGGCUGGGUUCCAUCGCGUCAGAUGUAGGCAUUGUUGUCGUUGGUUUGCAAGAAGUGGAGAUGGGUGCUGGUUUCCUUGCAAUGUCAGCUGCAAAAGAAACUGUAGGUCUUGAAGGAAGUGCAAUGGGGCAGUGGUGGCUGGAUACUAUAGGAAAGGCUUUAGAAGAAGGGAAAGCCUUCGAACGCAUGGGCUCUAGACAGCUUGCUGGCUUGCUUGUAUCUCUUUGGGUAAGAAAGAAUCUUAGAACACAUGUUGGGGACAUUGAUGCUGGGGCCGUCCCGUGUGGUUUUGGACGCGCAAUUGGUAAUAAGGGAGGAGUGGGUUUGAGAAUCAGAGUGUAUGACAGGAUAAUGUGCUUUGUGAAUUGUCACUUGGCUGCACAUUUGGAAGCAGUUAAUCGGCGGAAUGCUGAUUUUGAUCACAUUUAUCGAAAUAUGGUGUUCACCCGAUCGUCCAACCUACUUAAUACUGCAGCUGGUAUGGUACCAUACCUGUUCUUGCUUUGCUCUCUUGCCUUCUCCACAUAUUUAUUUUGGCUACUUUACUCUUCUGGCUUGCCAUUGGUCCUCUCUGUUACAGCUGGCGUCUCUACUGCUGUUCAUGUGCUUCGUGGUAGCAAUACUACUGGUGGAAGCUCUGAGGAACCAAAACCUGAUUUAUCUGAAGCUGAUAUGGUGGUAUUUUUUGGUGAUUUCAACUAUCGCCUUUUUGGUAUAUCUUAUGAUGAAGCCAGGGACUUUGUUUCUCAAAGAUGCUUUGAUUGGCUUAGAGAAAAGGAUCAGCUGAGGGCAGAGAUGAAAGCUGGAAAAGUUUUCCAGGGAAUGCGGGAGGCACUUAUCAAAUUUCCUCCCACAUAUAAAUUUGAGAGACAUCAACCAGGUUUAGGAGGGUAUGAUUCUGGAGAGAAAAAGCGAAUUCCGGCCUGGUGUGACAGAAUAAUAUACCGCGAUACUCGGGCAGCUCCAGUUUCUGAGUGCAAUUUAGACUGUCCUGUUGUGGCAUCAAUUUUACAGUACGAUGCUUGCAUGGAUGUGACUGAUAGUGAUCACAAACCUGUCCGGUGUAAAUUCAAUGUAAAAAUUUCCCAUGUUGAUAGAUCAAUAAGGAGAAAGGAGUUUGGGAUAAUUAUGAAAUCAAAUGAGAAAAUAAGAUCUAUUCUUGAAGAUUUAUGUUAUGUUCCAGAAGCCACUGUUAGCCCAAACAGUUUAGUCCUCCAGAACCUGGACACUUCAUUCUUACUUAUUACUAACCGAAGUACUAAGGAUAAAGCUAUAUAUAAAAUUACUUGUCAAGGCCAGUCUAUAGUCAAGAAUGAUGGACAGGCACCUGAUUAUAGCCCAAGAGGUGGCUUUGGCUUUCCUAGAUGGCUUGAGGUUACUCCAGCUGCCGGCAUGAUUAAACCAGAGCAAAAUGUAGAGAUUUCAGUCCGUCAUGAAGAUCUUCAUAACCCAGAAGAAUCUGCAAAUGGAGUGCCACAGACCUGGUGGAAUGAGGACACCCGAGAUAAGGAAGUGAUUUUGAUUGUUCAUGUACAAGGCAGUUCUUCCGUCCAAACUUCUUGUCGGCAUAUUCAUGUGCGGCACUGCAUGUCUGCAAAGACAACUCGAAUUGACUCAAAAUCCAACAGUGCUAGGAGAAAUCAAAUAAGCUAACUACACAGAUUAGUUUCAGAAGUUUUGUAGUUCCACACAUACUCAAGUGGUUUAUGACACUAAAAAAUGCCUAAAUGGUAGGAGGAAAAUGUCAGACACAUCCACAACUUCGGACUUUUUUUUUUUUAUUGCUGAACAUACGAAAGCUCUUUGCUUUAG